AUGCUGUCUUCGUGGAUGAAAAUUACGCCUAAUGACGUCUGUGAACAAAAUUUAAAGCUUGCAAAUGAAGGCAUAACACCCUCGCAAAUUAGUGUGCGUCUCCGAAAUUCGUGUGAUUUUGGUAAAAACAUUACUGUAAAUAAGAUUCUUCGAAUCUUGAAGCUUAAUGGUCUAGCACCCGAGAUUCCUGAAGACCUUUAUCACUUGAUCAAGAAAGCAGUUGUCAUUCGUAAGCACUUGGAGUGUAAUCGUAGUGACAAGGACUCUAAAUUCCAGUUAAUUUUGAUCGAAUCAAGAAUUCACCGUCUUGCCAGAUUUUAUAAAACAACAGGACAGCUUUCUUCAGACUGGAAAUAG